CUCUUCCAUCUCCCCAUCCCCAAGAUGCCUGUCGAAAUCUCUCGCAUGGUCGAAGGCGACAUAGACGGCGCCGUUGACUGCAUACAAAAGGCCUUCGCAGAAGAUCCAUAUUUCGCUUGGGUGUUUCCUGAAAACUUUUCUCCGGUGAGAAACCGCGUCUCGCUGGGCAUUCGUUGCAGAUGGGGUCUUGAGCACGCUCUGUUUUACGUAGCCAAAGACCCUUCUUCCUCUACGCCUGCUCUUGUCCUCGGUGUAGCUUGUUGGCUGUCUCCCACAAGUCUUUCUGCUCCACAGUCUUGGAAAAGUUGGCUUGGUGAUUGGUCGUUGUGGUUCAACCAGCUCUGGAUGAAUUCCGUCUACGGCAGCGGUGGACUAAACAGACGCCGCUAUUAUAUUUGGUUUGUGAGCGGAAUGUAUCAAUAUUGCGCUGGCUCUAAUCGUAUCUCCAGGAAAGCCGCGCAGAGUGACGCCCAGCAUCAACUCUGGACAGAUGAUCAGGGAUACUACUUCUGCAACAUUGUGACGGUUCUGCCAGAAGCGCAAGGUAUGGGUAUAGGAAAAGAACUUUUCGGAGUCGUGAUGCGUCAAGCAGAUGCUGAGGGGCGGAAGUGUUAUCUCGAAAGUUCGAGAGCAGAGCCUAACAUGGCUAUAUAUCAGAAGAUGGGCUUCGAGUUGGCCAAGGAGAUGAAGUGCGAUGAUCAAGGAGAGGCCAUCACUCUGUACUGUAUGAUGAGAGAUCCGCGGCCAAAUUGAAUGACCUCUGGCGGGAAAGGAGUGUAUUAAUGUUGUGAGUAGUUGGAACGUUCAGUCGUCAAAGGAGUGUCUGGGGUUGGUCUGAGUCAAGGAGCGUCAAUGCCGUCGAGGUAUUUGUGUUUGUUCAGCCGCGGAAGACUGACUUCCACGGCGCUGAUGACUUGGACUUUGAUGGUACUCUCGGAGGGAGAUAGCCAGUACCACCAGUCUCCAAGAGCUCUUGCGCUUUUCCAGGUACUCCACCCGUCCUGGGCACCGGCUGUGUUGUAGGCAGUCCAGGCGAAAGGCUAUCUUCUUGGAUAGAUGUUAGCUGGUAGUCGUUACCAAAUCCAACAGGCUUGUAAUUAGGGACGAGUGAUCCAUUUGACGUCCUCUUUCUCUCGAUAUUCAAGCGAGGUGUUGAUGGU